CAUCAGCUGUUGCUUCCUCUAUAGGCCCCCAGUUGUGCAUGAGCCCCCGGGCUUUUGCCCAGUUUGCCCAUUGAAUAAUCCGGCCAUGGUUGUAUUGCUGGUAAUGGGUGACUGGACUAAUGCAUGGCUCCUCCUCCUUGCACUGGUGCAAAAAGCCUGUUUUCCUAGCUUUUCCGAGUAAAGGAACGCGGACGACACUCCCAGCAUCCGACAUCCGAGGUAGAAGGAGCGCAGCGCCAUGAGAAAUAAGCUCAUGCUGGCUGCUCCCGGGCUCACAGCAUUCCUCCAGCUGCAGCGCAAUGCAGGUCAUCAAGUGUGUUGUCGUCGGAGACGGCGGAGUGGGUAAGACCUGUCUGCUCAUCAGCUACACCACCAAAGCUUUCCCCGGAGAGCAUAUCCCCACAGUGUUCGACAACUACUCUGCCACUGUUAUGGUGGAUGGGAAUGCAGUGAACCUGGGCCUUUGGGAUACAGCAGGACAAGGAGACUAUGACAGACUCCGCCCACUUUCCUACCCAGAGACGGAUGUGUUUCUUAUCUGCUUUUCACUUGUGAGGCCUGCCUCAUAUGAAAAUGUCUGUCAUAAGUGGCUCCCUGAGGUGAGACACCAUUGUCCCAAGACUCCCAUCAUUCUUGUGGGCACCAAACUGGAUCUGAGAGAUGACAAGAACACUCUGGAGAAGCUGAAGAAAGAUAAACUCUCUCCCAUUACUUACACUCAAGGACAGGCCCUGUCCAAAGAAAUUGGUUCUGUCAAGUACCUGGAGUGUUCAGCUUUGACUCAACGUGGCCUUAAAACUGUGUUUGAUGAGGCCAUCCGGGUCAUGCUAUCCCCUCCACCUGUUAAAAAGAAGGGGAAGAAGUGCUCUCUCCUCUAAGACUUUAAUGGUUUCUUUUAACUGUGCUUGUGGAAUCAUUGUACAGCAUACAUCUUUAAUUACAUGAAAAAUUAACAAUUUGGUGCAAAGUUUAAAUUUAUUUUGAAUUUUCUCCAAUCCACAGAGGGUCAAUAUAUCAAAAUGGGCUCAAAUAUUUACAUACAGCCCCUCUUAUAUUUGGUUAAAUGUCUCUUAGCAAGUUGCACCUCGAACAGAUGCUUUUGGUAGCCAUCGACAAUCUUCUGGCAUAAUUCUGGCCAGAUAUUUGACCACUCUUCUUAGCAGAACUACUAGAGUUUAUUUAAAUUGGAUGGUUUCUUGGCACAGACCUGGCUUUUAAGCACAGUUCACAAAAUGCUUUGGGAAGGCCAUUUCAAAAUCUUCAUGUUAGCCUGCUUUAUCAGUUCCAAAACCAGUUUUUAAUGUGUGUUUGGAAUUGCCAUCCUGUUGGAACACCCAGUU